CCAAUAGUGUUGUCACCGAGCAAUUAUGUUUGUUUGAUCAAUACCAGCCCUCCCUCCUGACAGACUGACACUCUAUAUCGUCUCCUGAAAAUGUCGCUAAUUUUCAUAACACAUCACGACGAAAACAUUUACGAUAUAACCAAGACGCAGUCGGAGCUGCAGAAAAAGUCCCCAAAGUACGUUAGCAAGUUUCGCGAUUCUGGAGGCAAGUCUGCCCUGAAAAACGACUCCGGGUCCCACUUGGGCGACAAAUUCUGCGGCCUUCAUGCCACCAUGGGGCUGCCGGAGCAGGAGCCACCGGAUGCGCGCAAUUUCUUAAAGAAACGCACAGGAAAGCCGAGUUAUACUGUGAAAAUUCCGGGCAAACAACGCAGAGUGAAGGUGCUUCAUAAGGCACAAACGCCCCUGCUAAAGGACUUGCUGGAAGCUGCCAAGUUGCACUCAAAUCAAAUGGAGUCGCACAAGGACUUUGUCAGGGACAACGUGCAGAACGUGCGCCAGAUGAAGCCUAAAGAGCCUCUGCAUAAGAUCGUGGUUGACCGAAUGGGCACCACGAUGGAACCGGAAGCCCAAGGCCUGGAGCCUGUUUACAUCAAAAAGCCCAUAUUCGGCAAAACCCCCAAAUAUCUAGUCAGGUUCAACAAAAUUAAGGAAAAGGAGUACCAAAUGCGCAAGGAUUUAUCGGGCAAGCAGCAGCCAAAGUGCCACUACAUAACGCGCGACGAACGAGAGCAACUACUUCAGGGCCUAAAGAAGAACUGGGAGGAGCUGCAGAAACAGUACCAGGGCUUGCCGAUAUUGACUGACACCAUUCCGAAAAAAGUGAAAAAAUCCAAGCUUGAAGCCGACCUGCGCCAGUUGGAGAAGGAUAUCGUGCUAGUGGAAAGGCACCCCUAUAUUUACGUAUACAACGAUGCGGAAUUUUUGUCGUAAAUAUAUAUUUUUCGAAUGUAA